AUCUUCAUGAAUAUUCCAUGCACCCGGAAGUAGGGCGGUACUACUGGUGCUUUGCUGUCGAGUCACCUCUGUCAAGCGGGAUGGAGGAAAAGGAGCCGCUAUUAUGCUGAUAAACGCAGGAUCCCGACGGACUGAGCAUCAAUAACCGACUUUAGUUCAGUUUAAACUGAUCAUUUAUAUUUAAAUUACCGAAUUUGUCUUGUCACAGUUUGCCAAAAUGAUGGAAGAAAUCGACAGGUUCCAAGUGCCUCCUGUCAACGGAGAGACACAGCCUUUGGACCCAGCAGCAUCCUCUACUUUGGAGGCGGCGUCGGACCCUAAAGGAGAGAGCGUGGCCAUGAACUACAAGCCCUCCCCACUGCAAGUCCAGAUAGAGAAACAGAGGGACCUUGCCAGGAAGGCUUCGGUGAAGAAUGGCACCGUGGGAAGUCCUGUCAAUCAGCAACCCAAGAAAAACGCCAGGACAAGGUUGGUCGUGCCAAACAAAGGUUACUCCUCUUUAGACCAGAGCCCGGAUGAGAAGCCUCUGGUUGCGCUGGACACUGACAGUGAUGAUGACUUCGACAUGUCCAGAUACUCUUCAUCAGGAUACUCCUCAGCCGAGGUGAGAUGUCUGAGGGACCAGCAAAUUAACCAGGACCUAAACAUCCAGCUGCUGAAGGACGGGUACCGGCUUGACGAGAUUCCAGACGACGAGGACCUGGAUCUGAUCCCCCCUAAAGCAGUCAACCCCACCUGCAUGUGCUGCCAGGCCGCCCCCUCCACAGCCUGCCAGAUCCAGUAGCUGCCCCCACUCCUCCUUCAUCCCUAAAUGUUCUUUUUUGCCAGCUGCUGAACAGAAUGGCAUCGAGGAGGAAAAAAGAAAAAAAAAAAACAAACUGUCGACUUGAAAAACAGGCAAAAGCAAAACUAAGAGAAUGUGGGGAGGGGGAAAAGUUGAAUAUGUACAGUACCUGUGCAUGUUCCUCCUAUGGCAGGAUCUGUGUGUCUUACGUCUGCGAUGUUGGUUCAGCGUGGAUGGAUUCAACUCAUGGCAGAGACCUUACCUCGAAGAAAACAACGCUACUUUUGCUUCUCCUUUGUUCGAGUUGUAGCUCUUGCUUGGGGAGUUUUUUUGGGUUGUUUUUUUUUUUUUCUUUUUUUGCAUAAAACGAUUGUGCAACGUUGCAGAAGAGGAGAAACGACAAGAAGGGACAAGAAAGAAUCGGCCAAAUUGCUUCUUUUUUUUUUUUUUUUGUCAUUACUGUGUCAGUGGGCUGUCCAGACACUCCACUUCCUCUCCUGGUGUAUAAUUUGCGACCCAAUAUGACGGAAUAUAGGACAUUAGGAGUUUGAACGAGGCCAUUUUAUUUCCAAUUCUCUCAUUUCUUUCACCUGGUCUGCUUCUUCGUCUUCCCCUGUACGUGAGAACCAGACUCAAAAAAACGACGUGUGUGAGUUCGGUCAUGCCCAGGAAAAAAAAAAAAAAAAAAAGCAGCGUGAAUGAAACACUAGUGCUCACCCUCUCUAACACUAAGCUACCAGUCAGUCUGUUAUACUGAGAUCUUGUCCUGCUUAUAUCUGUUUUAUAUUUAGUUAUAAGAAGCAGAAAAGUGCAUGUUGCCUGUUUACACUGCGUCCUGAUGCCAGAUGUGCAGAUAUUUAUUUUAUUCUACUGACCCGCAGCCGACUCCGUGUAUUGAAGAAACGUUGUGUGCUUUGUGAAAUGGAACAUCGUUUAGGUUCACCUACUGCCAUUUUAGUAGAUGUGGGGGGGAGAAAAGCACCGCAGCGUAAAUCCGUGUCAGAGCAUUCUCACACACUGAAGGUUACGUCAUAGACUGUAUGCAUGAAUGAGGGAAAUGAAUGAAGACAGAGGCUUAGAAUUGUAUGUUUUUAGUUUUAUAUACUGAUGUUUGAAUUGUGGCCAAAUAAUAGUAAUAUUACCCCUGGUAAAGAUGUGCUAAAAAAAAAACAACAACCAAAAAACUAAAUUCAUCUUUCAAAUUUCAUAAUGAAGGAAAUAAUCACAGCUGACACACACGUUACCACCUGAAAUAAUUUAUAUAAAAUGAAUGUAGCUGAAGAAUUUCCUAAUACAUACAUGUACAUAUAUAUAUAUAUAUAUUUUUUUUUAAGUUAAAUACUUUCGAGGAACGUUAAUCCCUGACUGUAGGUUUCUUCGACGUGUGGAUACCAUCUACCCAUCAUGUUUGCAGCCGAGCUGGAGCUUUUCUAGUGGUUAAUUGGCAGGUGGUACAGUGGCGCAACACCCAUGCAUGUACACACACACACACACACGCACACACACACAGUCCUGAGGUCAGUUUAGUAAGACUAAUUACCCUGACAGGCAUGCUUUUGAACUGCGAAAGGAAGCCAGAGUAUCCGGACAAAAACUCCUUGCGGAAAGACUCAAAAACUGUCAUCUGGGACUCUUUAAAAUGUAAAGUACAAGAGAAGAAGCCGUUCCACUGAGACAGAUGCAUUCAUAUUUAAUAAGAGUCAUUUGUAGUAAAACGUGUCAUCUUAGGGUCCUAGAAACGUAUUUUAUUUGUACACAUCUUUACCAGGGAUGCCAAUACUGGUGUAGGGUGCAUCUUAUGGACAAAAGGCUGUACCUGUAGCACCAGAAAUGGUUGUCAUUUCAUACUUUAUGCCAUUCUUCUCGUAGUUAAGUAUCUCAAUAAGAACUUCUUAAUUUUUCUUUAGAAGUAAUGUACACUUUUUACGUAAUGUCUGAACCACUCACACACCUCAGAGUCUUAGGCUGAACAAUCUCGCUGUUGUUACACCUUUGAAAAUAAUGAUCCUCAUGUCGCGCUCACAUUGAAAAAAAAAAAAAAAAAAAGUAGAUGGAAACAAAUCAGAGUAUGCGUUAACACUGCAGUGCAAACUUUUUUUUUUUAAUUUGUUUAAACUUUGGAAAGUCUAAACUUGUUUACACCUUCUUUAGUUAUUCCAACUGUUCAGUUGGUGUGUUUUAGGUUGAACUCCAUAUUGGUCCAAACUAAUCCUGUUGUUUUUAGGGUUUUUACAAUUUAAUACAAAAAAAUAAAAAAUAAAAUCUACAGAGCAGCAGGAACAAAAGCAACAGGAUACUCACUGAAUGGAGAUGGUGUGUACUGUACAUAUACAAAUACAUUAAGUUAUGGUACUGUAUAGUGUAAAAAUAGAGAAAAUUGUAUUUUGUUUUUUAUUCCAACUUUUUUUUUUGUUCAUUUGCAGAUCUUUGUUUCAGUAAGCCAUCCUAAUGACGUUAUCAGGUGUUACGGGUAGAGAUGAUCUAAAGGACUGUUAGCUACUAAUAACAGAAGGUGACAGGAGAGACAAAUCGUUUCUUUGACGGUGGCGCCUUCUCUGGUUAAAAAAAAAAAAAAAGCCUUAAAAUGAUUUAGUUUUUUAUUGCAAUAGCAUAUGCUCCCACAGAAAGUUACUGCAGUACUUCUUUUAAGAGCCUUAUAGGGUUUUGUUUUUUUAUCGAAGCACAUUAUAUGUGCAGUACCUUCGCUGUUAGCUGAUGUGUCGUCAUUUGUUUGAUCAGACAACAGGGAUGCAGCGCAGGACUGGAGGCUAAUUGUAACGGAGAAGCAAUGUCAACUUCACGGUGUAGAAAGAUUGGGGAAAUAUGUUGCAUAUCGGUAAAUAUAAGUUAUUGACCAUUCAUAUCAGUGCAUCCACAAUUUGUUUUACCUUCUUUCUGCUCACUGGACAUUGUAACAAGGUACACUUGGUUUCUUGUACGACCUUUUUGACUUCAGUUUUCCUUUUUAUUUAUCUUUUCAAAGCUUUAAUACCCAUUCUGACUGGAGAUAUGGAUGAGAAGCUAUAUUCUUGUAGUAAUUUCCUGACUUGUGAUAAUGAACACAUAUUUGUCUUUCUGAAAUUGCGAGCUUUCUUAUCUUUUCAGUUUAAUGAGGGAAACGGCCACCUGCUAGACAUUUCAUACAGCAAGGAAACAGGAAGUCACUCAUUAAUAACAAAAGUUAGCAAAGUGUGCAUUAAGUACUUCAUAUCAUGUUUUUCCCCACUGAAUAAAAGUUCUCAAAUUAAAAAUAGCACAUUCAGGAUGCUUUUAAUUGGAAAUUUUACUUCUGCAAUAAAAGAUGAGUCGAUUUUAAGGCUUUUUACUAAUAAAAAAGGAGAAGGGGUGCUAUCUGCUACUUUCCCAUCUAGAUCGUCGUUUCACUGGAUAUGCAUACAUGUCAUGAUCGGCGUCCCCCUGAAUGCUCAAAGCCAGGCCUGUGCCGGUUAGGGCACAGCUUCACUUACUCCUUGAGUCCAGAAUAAUGAGUUGUGUGUUUUUUUUGUUUUUUUUUUCCCCCUUUAUUUUCACUUGUGGGAAUUAAUUUCUAUAGAAACAGGCGCUUUUUCAUCUGUCAGAUGCUUGUCAUGACAUGAUUGUGAACUGGCUCCAUUUAGAUUUGAACAGUGUUACAGUUCUGUGUAUAGUGCAACAUAUCAAAAAUAAAUAAUGGAUAUCUCAA